UUGCCAAAAAGCUUGUAAGUGAAUAUGGCUUAAAACGCUUGUCAGUGGGAGAUGCAUUGCGUAGCAUGUUAAGCAAUCACCCGGAUACAGAGCUGUCACUUAUGAUAAAUUGGCACCUUCACAAAGGCAUGACAGUGCCUGAUGGACUUGCUGUUCAAGCUUUGGAUCUUUCCCUGAUGGAGAGUGUGUGCAAUACUAUAGGUGUGGUCAUUGAUGGCUACCCGGUAACCACAAACCAGAUGAAUAUCUUGGAGGCAAGGUCAAUCAUUCCCAUGGUCAUCUUUGAGUUGGAGGUGCCAUCCAAGGAGAUCUUCAAACGGUUGCUGCUAGAAAAGAAGAUGGAGCAAAGUACACCGUAUCCACUGCACAACAGCACACAGAUUAUAGCUUAUAGGAAUUCCAAGUACCAUAAAAAUAUCAAGGAGAUCAGGCAAUUUUAUCAAGAGCAGCAUCAAAACUGGCACGUGAUUGAUGGAUUUCACAGUAAGUGGUGGGUAUGGAAUGAAGUCAUCAAAGACAUCCAACAGAUGAAUAAGUACAUACAGAUAUACAUGGAAAGAAUAAAGGACGCUUCCCCUCUGGCCGCUGCAGCUCUGUCAACCCUGGGCUACGGGCAGGCCUUGGAGCCUCAUUCACCCCUCCAGGCUCCCUACUUCCCGCCCAAACGCCCUUGCCAAGACCCCCAGUAG